UGCAUCACAGAGGUUUCCCAGGCGACUGCAUCGUGCUGCAUCUCCUUCCUCCCACCAGCCAGAGCUGCUGCAUUGCCAUGGCAGCCUCCAAGGAAAAGAGCAUCUUCCCUUCCCAUCCCUACCAUAUCCCUGGCUACGAGGGCUUCGUCCCUCAGUACCGGUUCCAGUCCGGAGAGACCUUUGGCAGGGCCACGCACCGGCUGCUGACCGACCCCACCGCUGCCCGCAGCCCCCGCGCUCUGCUGGCACCGCUGCAGAAGCCGGAGUUCAUGGAGGACUUCAGCGGGGCCAAGCACGGAGGCCAGGACCACCCCCCCGGGCACCCAGGGUGCUUCUCCUCUGAGAGACCUGGGGCUGCAGCGACCUUCCCUGACCCACUCCUUCAGGCCAGGCUGCCCCUGCUGCAGCCGGAGCUGUCCGAGGAAGAGCUGACCAUGGUGCAGGCGGACCCUGAGCCCCGGGACCACUCCAGCGAGUACGUCCCGAGGACACAAGUGGUUCGGGACUCCCCCCGCAGUGUUCCACACUAUCCUGCGUCCGAAGGGCGACAGUGGCUGACGAGAAGGGGCAGACCCGGCCAGCGCGGCGGUGCCUGGGCAGGAAGCGCACCAGGGCAGGUGACAUUGCCACCGCUGACCCAGGGGCCCGGGAGAACCAACGGGGCCGAGGAGGAGGAGAUUUGGUUGCCAGAAAUGGAUCUACCAAAGGUGAUCCAGCAGAAAGUCAUCACAGGGUACGCGGGAUUCAUCCCCCGCCUCUCCUGGUUUCACGGUGUGAACUACAUCCGGAGUGUGACGGAAGCAAUGAAGGAAUUUGACCAACACCAGUUUAUGCUGAGAAACCCAUGUUACAGCUUUGGCAAGAGAUAUCCCCAGAAUUACUGGCCUACCUACAGAAUUUACACCAGUGCUGGACUGAUACCUUCCUACAUGGGCUUUGUACCAGAGCUCCAGAACAUCUACGCACUGACUUACGGAAACAGCACCCGAAAAGCUUACCAAAAGGAACAAGAGAGACGAGCUCGUGCACUGUGAAAAAUGCUUUAAUGGUGCCUGUACAGCAGUUGAAGUGACUUUUGAGACAUAAAGAGGAACACAACACAGA